UAAGGAGAUUGGGCAGGUCAUCGUAGACUCUGACAGACUUCUACAGAUGUACAGUGGGAGGCAUUCUGACAGGUUGCAUCACCGCCUGUGCGGAAGCUCCAAUGCACAGCAACGCAAGAGGCUACAGAGAGGUGCGGACUCAGCCAGCUCCAUCACGGGUACAGCUCUUCCCACCAUCAAGGACAUCUACAAGAGGUGACGUCUCAGGAAGACAAUGUCCGCCAUCAGGGACCCCCACCAUCCGUGCCGUGCCCUCUUCUCGAUGCUGCCAUCAGGCCGGAGGUACAGGAGCCUGAAGACCCACAUCUCACGGUUCAACAACAGCUUCUUCCCCACUGCCAUCAGGUUGUGCAGCCUGACACUGAAGAAGCUCACUGUACUGAAAGAACUUGACAAGGAUCUGAACUCUGUGGUAAUUGGUGUUAAAAUGCAGGGUUCGAAGCGUAUCCUAAGAUCGAACGAAUAUCUUCUCCCGCCGGGGGGGCUGAUGGAGACCGAAUUAGCACUCACCUUUUCCUUGCAGUACCCCCACUUCCUGAAGAGGGAUGCAAACAAGCUCCAGAUUCUGCUGCAGAGGAGGAAGAGGUACAAGAACCGCACCAUCCUGGGCUACAAGACGUUGGCAGUGGGCUCAAUCGAUAUGGCUGAGGUGUUGCAGCAUCCCACCGACGGUGGCCAGGUACUCGGGCUCCACUCCAACAUUAAAGAUGUGUCAGUGCGGGUCGCUGAGAUCAGCAUCUACUCCCUCUCCAGCCAGCCCAUUGAUUACGAGGAUGGCAGUGUACAUGCAGGAGCCAAGACCAAACCCUCAGAUCGAUCCCCAGACAUCGAUAAUUACUCUGAAGAAGAGGACGACAGUUUUUCCUCUGAGCAGGAAGGCAGCGAUGACGCUGUGCCCAGCCAGGAUUUAUAUGAUGAAGACGAUGAACUGAGGAAAGCUAAGAAGACGCGACGAAAGAUGAUGAGGGCCACUUCGAUGACGCGGCAACCCAACUUCAAGCAGAAGUUUGUUGCCUUGCUGAAGAGAUUCAAAGUGACUGAUGAGGUGUUGGACUCAGAUCCUGUUGACCAGACCCAGGAAGCAGAGGAGGACCUUGACCUGCUCUAUGAUAGCCUGGAAGUUUACAAUCCCAGCGACAGUGGUCCUGAGAUGGAGGAUAAUGAAAGCGUUCUCAGCACACCAAAGCCCAAACUAAAGCCAUUCUUUGAAGGGAUGUCCCAUUCCAGCUCACAGACAGAGAUCAUCAGCCUCCACAGUCAGAAGAGCCAAACCCACGAGCAGCUGGGUUCAACAGAGCCCUUGCUGUCAGACAGUAAGAAUGUGACAAGCCCCAGCCAGCAGGAAGAGGCUGCUGUCGAAACUGUAUCUGUGGAGCUGGAGGACGUGGAUGUGAAGUCAGGCGAUGUGGACACGUGGGAGGCAUCAACAGAGCGACUGCUGCCACUGGGGAAGAUCACAAAGACGGAGUCACAGCUGAUCAUGUCCCCCAGUAAGUCGGACAGCAGACAGCUGCGCAGACCCCGGAGCACCUCGCUGAGGGAUCGCCAGAACUCGAGGACACAAGGUGACAGAGCCAGCAGUUUCGACAGCGAAUGCUUGUCAGACUCCAAAUUCAACAACCAGGUGCCUCGUAAGUCUGUCUACGACCAACUGAACCAGAUCCUCGUCUCAGACGAGCAUCUUCCGGAGAGCAUCAUCCUGGUGAACACCACGGACUGGCAGGGGCAGUACCUGUGUGAGCGGCUGCAGGAGAAGAGCCAGCCCAUGGUGUGUACCUGCUCCACUGCCGACAUACACGCAGCCUUCACCACCAUCGUCACCCGCAUCCAGCGGUUCUGUAACUGUAACUCCCAGAUGCCUCCCCCGGUGAAGGUAGCUGUUGCUGGAGACCAGGGCUUCCUCAGUAACAUCUUGAGGUUCUUCGUUGAGCAGUUGGCAAACAAAACUCCGGACUGGCUGAACUACAUCCGGUUCCUCAUCGUCCCUUUGGGCUCCCAUCCACUGGCCAAGUACCUGGCGUCGGUCGACAACAAGUACAACAGCUCCUUCAUGGACUCUGCCUGGAGGGACCUCUUCGGCAAGACGGAGCCACCCACCACAGAGGUGUUUGACAUCAUCGGUCGCAUCAUGCAGUACGUGUCUGGAGCCACCGUCUCCCACCAGCUCCCCAUAUCCGAAGCCAUGCUGACCUACAAACAGAAGAGCCCUGAUGAGGAUUCCUGCCAGAAAUUCAUCCCUUUUGUCGGUGUAAGUAUUUCUGGCUCCGUGAACAUAGAACAUUCCAGCACAGUACAGGCCUUUCGGCCCACCAUGUUGUGCCGACAUUUUAUCCUGCUCUAAGAUCUAUCUAAC